AGAUCAGUAUUGUUUUUCUGUCUUUAGAAAAGUGUCAUGAAGACCACCUGGGGUGUGCUGGAUCCUCCUGUGGGGAACACUCGCUUGAAUGUCAUCCGACUGAUCUCGAGCCUCCUGCAGACCAACACGAACAGUGUCAACGUGGACCUCGUGGAGCUCAACAGCGUCGGCGUGAUACUGGAUAUGUUCUUCAAAUAUACAUGGAAUAACUUUUUACAUACUCAAGUAGAAAUCUGUAUUGCCUUGAUUCUUGCAAGUCCUUUUGAAAGCCCAGAAAGUGGCCCCGUUACUGAUCAGGAUUCCACUGGCGACAAUCUUUUACUGAGACACCUGUUUCUUAAGUGCCAGUUAGUGGAACGAAUACUUGAAGCCUGGGAAAUGAAUGAGAAGAAACAGGCCGAAGGAGGACGACGCCACGGUUACAUGGGCCACUUAACGAGGAUUGCAAAUUGCAUCGUGCACAGCACAGACAAGGGGCCAAACAGUACGUUAGUGCAGCAGCUGAUUAAAGAGCUUCCGGACGAUGUCAGAGAACGGUGGGAGACCUUCUGCACCAGUUCUUUAGGGGAGACGAACAAGCGGAACACAGUGGACCUGGUUACAACCUGCCAUAUUCAUUCAUCCAGUGAUGAUGAAAUUGACUUUAAAGAAACGGGUUUCUCGCAAGACUCUUCUUUACAGCAAGCCUUUUCUGAUUAUCAGAUGCAACAAAUGACGUCCAAUUUUAUUGACCAGUUUGGCUUCAAUGAUGAGAAGUUUGCAGAUCAAGAUGACAUUGGCAAUGUUUCUUUUGAUCGGGUGUCAGACAUCAACUUUACCCUCAAUACAAAUGAAAGUGGAAACAUCGCCUUGUUUGAAGCGUGCUGUAAAGAAAGGAUACAGCAGUUUGAUGAUGGUGGUUCUGAUGAGGAAGAUAUUUGGGAAGAGAAGCACAUCGCCUUCGCUCCGGAAUCCCAGAGGCGAUCGAGUUCAGGGAGCACAGACAGCGAGGAAAGUACAGACUCUGAGGAGGAAGACGGGGCCAAACACGAUUUAUUUGACUCCAGCAGCGCCAACCCAGAGGACAAGAUGGAAGUGGAUUUGAAUGAACCACCCAGCUGGUCAGCCAACUUUGAUGUGCCCAUGGAGACAACGCACGGUGCCAGCCUUGAUUCCGUGGGCUCUGACGUUUGGAACACAGAACCGAUGCCAACCAAAGAGACCGGCUGGGCUUCGUUCUCCGAGUUUACAUCCCCGUUGAGUACAAAGGAUUCUUUAAGGAGUAAUUCUCCAGUGGAAAUGGAAACCAAUACUGAACCAGUGGAUCCCUUAACUACCAGUGCUGUUUCACUAACAGCACCCCCAGAGGCCCCAGGUAGUGUUGCUAUGGAAGCCACUUCUGAUGGAGAAGAUGAUGCAGAAAAUACAGACAAGGUAACCGAGACAGUGACGAACGGCAGCAUGAAGGAGACGCUCAGCCUUACGGUAGAUGCUAAAACUGAAACUGCCGUCUUCAAAAGCGAAGAAGGAAAAUUGUCUACCUCUCAAGACGUUUCUUGUAAAUAUGUGGUGGAGGAGAGGACAGAAAGUGCUGAUGCUAGUCCUGCUGCUUCGCAGGCGGCGGGCCUGAGCCCCGAGCAGAGGACUGAUCAGCCAAGCCUUUUAGGAGAGACCUCUGUUAAUGGCCCUGUAUGAUAUGUAAUGUCUCCUGCUGUUGACUGAGGACUACAGACUGAUAGCCAUGGGUUAAAAAACGGUGUUUCUUGAGGAUUUCAUCCAGAGCCUGUCCAAGCCAGUCACUGCUGCACUAACUGCAAGGGAUCAGGACCAGCAACGUUUAUAUUCUAGAUUUUAAGACAUUGUACAGAGAAAUUCAGAAGUGUAAAAAUCUUGCACAUUGACAAAUACCAAGCAUUUUUGCCUAUGUUUAUAUUGUAUUGUUAUGAAUAAUGGGUGGCCUGUGGAAGAAGACCUUGCCCCCCAUGUAAUAAUAGUAGGAAUACUAGAGUUCAAAUGGCUGUAAGAUUAGUUUUAUAAAAGUGAAUACACAGAUCUAUUGUAUUGGAGACAUAACUAUUUGACAAUUAGUGUGACCAAAGUCUUUAGGCCGUUUUCAUACAUUUUUUCACCUUGUACAAAAUUCUGAACUCAUUUUUCUUCCAGGUUGGCGAGAAGUUGUAGGAUUGAAAUGCCCUCUAAGGGUUAUUUUGGUUGUUCUGACUCUCAAAAGUGAUUUUAAAUAAGAAAUUUUGGGUGUUCUUUUUAUAACCAGUUUUUAAUUGGUAACUGUUUUCUGUAUUGUUUAAAACAGAUCAAAAUGUAAGUCUAUUGGUAGAGAUUUUAAGUAUUUAUUGCUACAACUUAGUUGACAAAUUGAUGUUACUGUAAAGCCAUACGUUCUGUUCAGUCUUGUUUGCUUGAAAUGAUUCCUCACGCCGAUGAAACACUAGGUUAUUUGGAGUGGAAAUGGCUGGUGGUUUGGGGUUGGGGCUUUGUUCUUUUGGUUUUUGGUAGUUCAGCUGCCUCUUAACCCAUUCAUUCACCAAAUUGUACCUUGUUAACCAAGCAUUACAAAUGAACAUUUCAGAACAAUCUGCAUAUUUAUAAUACUCUACUCGUAUUAGGCAAGCCACCGGAGUCAGUGCACGCACUGCUAAUAGAAUUAGCAUGCGUUUGGUUUUUUUGGGCAUAGCAUUUUAAAAGUACAAAUCAGAAUUGGGCACCUGAGCAUGUUCAUUGUUUUCCUGUACCUUGUGAAGUUUUCCCUCGUAAAUUCUAAGCCAGUGUAUUUUUCUAGACCUGGUUUGUGUAUAUAUAGUGAUUAUGGAUACUAAUUCAUUGUAAUUUAUAAUUUUCUACGUCAGUAUAAAAUCCACCCGCCUUCUCUCUCAGCAGAAGCGAUGGGCCGCCUGUCGCCGCGUUGUCUGUCUGGCGAAGGGGUCACUUCUAUGUUACCUCUUGCCCUUUUAGAUGCAGAUCAGUUUUUCAUUUCUGUAACAGAAAGUUCUUCACCUAUUUUUACGUCAUUCGUUUUCUCCUGACCAGUAUUUAAAACCCAAAGGACACUCUGAACGAUGGCCAACGACUUUUUAGAAACAGCCUCCCAAGCAGCGUGCCUAAACAUUGCAUUACAUACAGAAAUAAAAAAAAUCAAAUGUG